GCGUGAUGUUCUCGCUACACCUGCUUCCCGCUGUUUCACGCGCACACCCGCCGCAAACUAAUUAACGCGUGCUUCGAAUGCAUGCGAUAAAAGUGGCUUCAGGCACCGAGGCGCCAGUUACGAAAUUGUACGAAAUAAUUAAAAUAAUCACAAACAAAAAACCACACGAAAAAAUGGAUCAACGUCUUCCUGUUUCGAUUAUUCUCGAGGUUAGGAACGACGACAAUGACAAUAUGAGAAACAAAGAUCAAAAGUGAUCUUCGGACCGCACAAAAGCGCCACAGUGUUGUUCGCUCUGAUUCGCUUCCUUCAGUAAAAUCUUUCUCGUAGUUUUGUUUCUGGAAUUUACACUUUGAAGUGCUGUUUUUUGUUUCUCGUUUUCCGUGAAGUGCUUCGAGUCAGUUGAGUUCGCAGAAUUGUCGUUUGUGUUCGAUUUGAUCGAAGCAAAUAACACGAAAAUGACGCAAUACAGCAGUGGCGGAAGUGUCAGCGGAAGUAGCUCCAGCGGUAGUGUGAGUCGUCAAGAAUUUAAAGAUCGGACGGGGGGACGCCCGGUUGAUGAAAAAUUGAUGGUCGCGGUUCGCAUUCGCCCUUUGGGGGAGGGCGACAUCGGGCCGAGGGCCCUUCACGCGAUUAACAACAAAAUGGUUAUGCUCGAAGAUUCGGAAAACGAUAAACAGAAACGAGGUAUCCCGAGGCAGUACCUUUACGAUGUGGUUUUUGGCGAAGACUCGAAUCAGGAAGGAGUCUACGAGAACACGACGAGGCCUCUGGUGCAGGACGUUUUGGACGGGUAUAAUGCUACGGUAUUUGCAUAUGGUGCCACUGGAGCUGGAAAGACUUACACGAUGGUCGGUGCGCCUAACUCUCCGGGUAUUAUGGUCCGAGCCCUCAACGACAUUUUCCUCCAAUCACGGCGUUCGCCCCGCGACGUCCAAUUCGAAGUAACAAUGUCGUACAUGGAAAUAUAUAACGAGAAUAUUCGAGACCUGUUGAAUCCGAGUUCCGGUUAUUUGGAGUUGCGUGACGAUUCACGAGGUCGCAACGUUCAAGUCAGCGGUUUGACCGAAGUUUCCACAAGUUCCACCGAAGAGGUUAUGAAACUCCUCCACAGAGGCAACACCGCUCGAACCGUUGAGCCGACUGCAGCGAAUGAAACCUCGUCGCGAAGCCACGCCCUCCUUAGCGUUAUAGUCAGGCAAACCAUACGUCCUUCUUCGAGCGACCUCAGACAUCGCGCGAAAAUAAAGUAUGGAAAACUUUUCAUGAUCGAUCUGGCAGGCUCGGAGCGUGCUAAACAGACUAAAAAUCAAGGAAAACGUCUUCAAGAAGGUGCUCACAUAAACCGGUCGUUGCUGGCCCUCGGGAAUUGCAUAAAUGCCCUCUCGGGUGGUGCACGUUACGUGAAUUACCGGGAUUCGAAGUUGACGAGGUUGCUGAAAGACGCGUUGAGCGGUAACUGUCGAACGGUGAUGAUAGCCCACGUAUCGCCCGCGGCGAAUCAUCGGGACGAGAGUAAAAAUACCCUCAUUUAUGCCGAUCGUGCGAACAGAAUAACGAACAAAGUUGAGCGUAAUAUCGUCGAUGUGACGUAUCACGUGUCCCAAUAUCGCGACAUAAUAAGCGAUCUCAAGAAUGAGAUAUCGAGGCUACGCAACAAAAUGCGAGAGCCUGACAAAUCCCAGGACAUGAACGAACCAGAAAUCAAGAAAAUCGGGAACACCCCAAAAAACAACAAGAGCUCCGAUCUUCGAUCCUUGAGGGAAAAAAUCGUUUCGGCUUUCAAGGAACAAAUGAGGCUCAGGCGAAAGCUCAUGGAGCUCGACAGCCACCUUUUGGGACUGAGCAUAGCUGCAGAGCAGCAGCACUCGAUAAUUUCUCACUGGGAAUCCCGGAACAACAAAUUGUACAAAGCUUCGAGAGAAUCGUCCAUUACUCGGCGUCCUGGAACCGAUACACAGUUUGAGGAGGCUGAUGAUGAUUUACUCGACGAUCCUGAGGAGGAAGAAGUGGCGGUACAACAAGCAUGGACCGAAUUAGCUGAGAUAAAUAAAGAGCAGGAAAGAUACGCAGAGCUUAGAGCCAUCACUGAACGAGAAUUAGAAGGCUGCAGACAGAGAAGUGCUUCCCUGGAAGACGAGUUACCAGCUCGUAUAAACUCGGACGAGGAACGUGAACUGUUGACUCUGAUGCUUCGAGUUCACGAACUCGAGGCCGACAAAAUGAUGUUGCAGAGCGAAAGAUUGGUCAAGCAACACGAGCUGAGACGUCGAGAGUUGCUUCUGUUACGUUACGAUCGGCAAAGACAAAUUUCCGACGAAAUUAUAACUAGACAAAGAAGAAUAAUGGAAGAUGGACGCAUGGUACUUCCACCUGAUCUUCAAGACUUGUACUCGAUGUAUCAACAAGAAAUUCACGCCGCAGCGUACAACGACAGUAAUUUGGGCGAUCUCAGUGUUUCUUCAAUGAUUUUUGGUAAUCGACUUCCGCCUAUCUCACGAGGAAUGAACUUUGAAGUUGUCAACGACGAUUCCAGAUUACCCAGCAGCUCGACCGAUUCUGAUUGGGAAUCGCCCUUGCCACCGAUUCUCGAACCACCCGAAGUCGAGAGGGUCAUGGGUCCCAUUGUUCAUCCCUUAAUGCCUCCAAAUGUUCUCUUCCCGCCGAUAUCGUCAACGGCCAGAAAAAACCAAGAUAAGCUGCGACGAAUAGCGAGUGACAAUAGCAUGGACGCGACAUUGAGGCAUCCUCGAAAUUCGUCCUUAAACCGAUUCACUAACAUCCGAGGUCCUAAUCGAAGGAUUCCUAGCUGAGCUUCAAAAGGUUCUCUCGAACCAGGGGGAUCCGAAAAAAUAAUUCGCACAAACGAUAAUCGAGGAUGGAGCUUUUUAUGAAGGCUAACUUUCGUCAGAGGCCGGGAAAUGAGUGGGAUGCGCCAGCGUCGUUCU